UCAUGUGAGGGCGCGGUCACGUGGGCGCGGGUGUCAUGGCGCUGCCCGGGGCGGUGGCGCUGCCGCUGCUGCUGCUGCUCCUGAGCGGGGCCGCGGGCUGCGGGCACCAGUCGUGUUCCCCGACCCGGCCGGACAUGCUGAACGUGCACCUGGUGCCGCACUCGCACGACGACGUGGGCUGGCUCAAGACGGUGGACCAGUACUACUAUGGAGUGCGGAACCGGGACCAGCACGCGGGGGUCCAGUACAUCCUGGACUCGGUGGUGGCCCAGCUGGCCACCAACCCCUCACGGCGCUUCGUCUACGCCGAAGUGGCAUUCCUGGCGCGCUGGUGGCGGCAGCAGGACCAGGCCACGCGCAGGCUGGUCAGGGAGCUGGUGCAGGAGGGCCGGCUGGAGCUAGUGGGGGGAGGCUGGUGCAUGAGCGACGAGGCGGCGGCGCACUACGGGGCGGCCCUGGAGCAGAUGGCCCUGGGCCGGCGCUUCCUGCGCCGCCUCUUCGGGGCCUGCGGCAUGCCACGCGUGGCCUGGCAGAUCGACCCCUUCGGCCACGCCCGCGAGCUGGCCGCCACCUUCGCCCAGAUGGGCUACGAUGGGCUCUUCGUGGGCCGUGUGGACCACCAGGACAAGUGGGUGCGGCUGCAGCGCCGGGAGCUGGAGCUGCUCUGGAGGGGCAGCACGAGCCUGGCCCCCCAUGCCGACAUCUUCACCGGGAUCCUACCCAACGUGUACAACCCCCCCGCGGGGCUGUGCUGGGACCAGCUCUGCACCGACCCCCCUGUGGUGGACGGCGACGGCCCCGAGCGCAACGUGGACACCGUGGUCACCUCCUUCCUGGAGGCGGCGGCCACCCAGGCCCGGCAGUACCGCACCAACCACAUCCUGAUGACCAUGGGCUCCGACUUCCACUAUGAGAAUGCCCACCUAUGGUUCAAGAAUCUGGACAAGCUCAUCGCCCACGCCAACGCCCGGCAAGCCAACGGCAGCCGUGUCCAUGCCCUGUACUCCACCCCCUCCUGUUACCUGUGGGAGCUGCACCGGGCCAACCUCACCUGGCCCCUGAAGACGGACGAUUUCUUCCCCUACUCGGAUGGGCCCCACCAGUUCUGGACCGGCUUCUUCAGCAGCCGCCCGGCCUUCAAGGGCUACGAGCGGCUCAGCAGCGGCUUCCUGCAGAUCUGCAGCCAGCUGGAAGCUCUGGCCGGGCCCUCGGCACGGGACGGUCCCUACGGCCCUGGGGAUAGCUCCGUGCUCCGUGAGGCCGUGGCCGUGGCCCAGCACCACGACGCCGUGGCCGGCACCGAGAGGCAGCACGUGGCCGACGACUACGCCCGGCAGCUGGCCAAGGGCUGGGACAGCUGCCAGGUGCUGGUGGCCAAUGCCCUGUCCAUUCUGGGGGGCACCAAGGAGCCCUUCAUCUUCUGCAACGCCCUCAACAUCAGCGUGUGCCCCCUCAGCGAGACCACCCCUCACUUCACUGUGAUCCUCUACAACCCCCUGGCCUGGGGCGUGACCUGGCCUGUGCGCCUGCCGGUCAGGGCCACCUCCUAUGCCGUGACCGACCCUCAGGGCCAGCCCGUGGCCAGCCAGGUGGUCCCGGUAUCCGGCGUGACCCGGUGGCUGCGGGGCGACACCGGGGGGGCCCCAGGGGAGCUCCUGUUCCAGGCCUGGGCCCCCCCCUUGGGGUUCAGCACCUUUGAGGUGAAGCAGCUGAGCCCGGGGGCCCCCUGGGACCCCCCCAGGUGGCCCUCAGGGGACCCAGAGCCAAAGCUCGAGAACGAGCACCUGCGGAUCCGGUUCGACCCCAUCACGGGGCACCUGCUGGAGAUCCAGAACCUGGCCAAGGGCUUCUCGCUGCCCGUCUUCCAGAGCUUUUACUGGUACAACGCCAGCGCCGGGGACGGGUUGAGCCCCCAGGCCUCGGGCGCUUACAUCUUCCGGCCCAACGCGUCCACACCCAUCCCUGUGGCCAAACGCGCGGCCACGCGCCUGCUCAAGACGGCACUGGUGCAGGAACUGCACCAGAACUUCUCAGCGUGGUGCUCGCAGGUGCUGCGGCUGCGCCCGGGGCAGCCCUACCUGGAGCUGGAGUGGACUGUGGGGCCCAUCCCCGUGGCGGACGGGCUGGGCAAGGAGGUCAUCAGCCGCUUUGAGACCCCGCUGCGCACAGCCGGGCGCUUCUACACGGACUCCAACGGGCGCCAGGUGCUGGAGCGCAGGCGUGACUUCCGCCCCACCUGGAACCUGAGCCAGAGCGAGCCCGUGGCAGGGAAUUACUACCCCGUGAACACCCGGAUCUUCAUCAAGGACGAGAAGGUGCAGCUGACGGUGCUGACGGAUCGCUCCCAGGGCGGCAGCAGCAUCCUGGACGGGUCCCUGGAGCUCAUGGUGCACCGGCGGCUCCUGAAGGAUGACAACCGGGGGCUUGGGGAGCCGCUGGAUGAGCCAGGGGCCGACGGGCGGGGCCUGGUGGUGCGGGGCCGGCACCUGGUGCUGCUGGACACCGCGGCGGCCGCGGCUGACCAGCACCGGCCACGGGCACAGGAGAUGGUGACAUCACCGUCCAUGGUGCUGGCACCCGGCCCGGGGCCUCACCUGCGCUGGUUCUCGGGGCUGCAGCGGGCGCUGCCCCCCAGCCUGCACCUGCUGACAGUGGAGCCGCGCGGCGCCAGGGCCGUCCUGCUGCGCCUCGAGCACCUGUUCGAGCUUGGCGAGAGCCGCAACGGCUCCCGGCCUCUUAGCGUGGACCUGACGACUCUUUUCUCGGCCUUCACCAUCACCUCAGUGCAGGAGAUGGCCCUGGGGGGGGACAUCCCCCUGCACAGCGUGUCCCGCCUGCUCUGGAACACAGCCACAGGCACCCCCAAACCCCGGCCACUGGCCCGGCUGGACCCGCGGCGCGUGACGCUGGAGCCAAUGCAGAUACGCACCUUCCUGGCCUCCGUGCGCUACGAGGGGCUCGGGGAGGGGCUGGGGGGGCCCUGAGCCGCCCCCUGCCCAAAGAAAGUCCAUUAAAACUCCAGCCAAUUUU